UGCAGCACUUAGGAACAGUGAGGAGUGUGUUGGCCGUGUCUUCAUACUCGUGAGCUGACUAACAAGACACCAUGGGCAUCGUAGACGUUUUGAACAUACAACUAUAGACAGCUCACUAGAUGUUGAGACGGCUGAGGUAAUAUUUCGCUUCCUUGUUUGUAGUUUCGCUUUUGUUUCUGGAUCAGAUGUCGUGAGCUCAGGCUCAGUCAGGACUUAUAAUCAUGAGACAGUCUUCAUCAUAAUCAGCGAGUCCUGUCACGAACAACCAUGUACGAGCUGGUAAAGGAGAAUUUGCGGCGCUUUAGCGAUUAUAUCGCGAAGAUUUUACGACCGUCACUUAUCAAAACCUUUAUGACGACGCACUUUGAUAAAGAGAUGGUGGAAACCAUUCUCUCUACCGAGGAGACGUCUGUGACCUCCGCUGCCCAGAUGUUGCUGGACCGGAUGUGUUAUCUAGAGGAAGAGGGCUGGUUUCAGGCCUUUCUGGACACCCUGUUCGCCUCAGAUUAUACCGGUCUGCACAAGGCCAUUAAGGAGUGGGACUUCAGCGAGUUAGAGGAACUGAAGGAGCACCGGAUACUCCUGGAGAGAAUCGAACCAUCGAUCACCAAGCUCAUAAAGCCCGGCGAGCUGCUCACACACAUGAACGACUGUCUCAAGCUCAGGGAGUGUGAAGAGAUCAAAGCGGUGGAAACCCAGAAAGGUUAUAUCGCUGCCAGUGAGAAACUGGUCGACACUCUCCUGCGCUCGGACAAACCGAACUGGUUUAAGGUGCUGAAGAUGGCGCUGGACGCCUGCAACUGCGAUCAGGCACUGGAGCUGCUGGAGUCCAAUGGAGGCGGUACGGCCUCAAUGGGCAGCGGAUCUGAUGGGGAGGCGGAUUCCAUGACGACAGAAACCGUGACGUCAGUGAGUUUUACGUUCAGAGAGGAGGCUGAGAGUGAAGACAUGCUGAUGAGCACCAACAACAUGACUGUCACAGAGACACCCAGCGAGUUCAAAGGAGAAUACGCGCGUUCAGGCGAGCGUAAGCUGAGGGAGUAUCAGAAGGAGCUGACGGACGCUGCAGAGGGGCAAAACACCAUCAUCUGCGCCCCUACAGGAUGUGGAAAAACGAUUGUGGCCGUGGCCAUCUGUGAAAACCACCUGAAAAAGUGUCCCGGGCGGGCAAAGAUCGUGUUCUUGGCAACCAAGGUCGACGUCUAUGAACAACAGUACAAGCUUUUCAAGGAACACUUUUCUUUUACUGAUCCCAACAUCAAGGUGACGGGUAUGUGCGGUGAUAUGGCGCUGUCGGUGCGGCUGCUGAUAGAGACUCAUGAUAUCGUGGUUCUGACGGCCCAGAUCCUGGUGAACGCGCUUCAGAGCGGAGAAGUGCCGUCACUGGACAUGCUGUCACUCAUCCUGCUGGACGAGUGUCACAACACCACGGGGAAACACCCGUACAACAACAUCAUGACCCGCUACCUGGACACCAAACUCAGCUCCAGCACACACUCUCUGCCUCAGAUCGUGGGCCUGACGGCAUCGGUUGGCAUCGGUACGUUCAAGGACAGAACGGAGGCAGAGAACAAUAUCUUACAGCUCUGUGCCAACCUGGACACCAGGGUCAUCGCCACGGUUACCAAACACCUGGAUGAGCUCAGGACGUUUGUGCACACACCUGAGAAAGAAUUUUUUGAUGUUCCUCGGCACACCUGUGACCCGUUCAUCAGAAUCAUCGAGAACAUCAUGAGGAACAUCGAGCAUCUGGCGAAGAACACCUACAACAUCGAGAGCCUGUCGAACAUCCAGAACUGCGAGUACGGCUCUCAGAAAUACGAGCAGUGGAUCGUCUCGGUUCAGAAGAGCUGCAGAGUCAUAGUCAUGAAGAACACAGACGAGGAGAGACGAAUCUGCAGAGAUCUCUACAACUACACUGAACACCUGCGGAAAUAUAACGAUGCUCUGAUCAUUAAUGAAGACGCUCGGACUAAAGAUUCCCUCGAUUUCCUGGACGGGUUUUUCGAGCAGGUCCGGAACGCCGGCUUCGACGAGACCGAGAGGAGACUCACCGCGCUCUACGACAGUCAGCGCCCGCAGUUGCUGUUUUUGGCCACUGAGGGGCAGCAGAACCCCAAACUAGAGGAGCUGAGGUUCAUCCUGGAGGAAGAGUAUCACAACAACGAUCAGACGCGCACCGUCCUGUUCGUCAGGACCCGAGCCCUCGCCGACGCCAUGAAGAAAUGGAUUGAUGACACAGAUUCCCUGAAGUUCCUGAUGCCCGGAGUCCUGAUAGGAAAAGGACGAAAAUCCAACUUUAACGGCUCAGUGAUGACUCCGACCAAUAAGAAGGGUGUGUUGGACUCGUUCAAGAGCUCAGAUCAGAGUAAGAUACUCAUCGCCACCUCGGUCGCCGAUGAAGGCAUCGAUAUCCCACAAUGCAACCUGGUUCUGAUGUACGAGUACGUGGGUAACGUGGUGAAGAUGGUGCAAGUUCGAGGUCGUGGCCGUGCGCAGGGCAGUCGGUGUUUCCUGAUCUCCAGUAAUAAGGAUCGCAUCAUGAAGGAGAAAAUGAACAUGCUGAAGGAGAAGCUGGUGGAGGAGGCGAUCGUGGAGCUGCAGAAACUCCCUGAUCUCAGUUACAAGGUGGACAGGUUGCAGAGAGAAGAUAAGGCCCGGAGGGAUCAUGUCAGCGCCAGUCCCCAAAAACCCAAAAAACAAGGCAGUUAUCGGCUCCUCUGUGCAAAGUGCAAGACGUUCGCGUGUUCGAGUGACGACCUCAGAGUCGUGCAGAAGUCUCAUCACAUCGCUCUGGAUCGCUCCAUGUUCGAGCGCUUUACAACUUUUCCUCAUAAGAAACCAAUAUCCUUCGAUAACUUCACUAAGAAUAAGAAGAUGCUCUGUGGCAACUGCAAACACGACUGGGGUCUCAUCGCCUCUUACCUCACCAUCCAGGACCUGCCGCUGUUGAAGAUCGAGAGUUUCGUGGUGCAGGAUAGUGUCACUGAAGAGCAGUUUUACUUCAAGAAGUGGUGUAAUGUGACGUUUGCCAUCCAAGAGUUCGACAUGAAGGAGAUCACGCCUCAAACAUGGCCGCUGAGAGACUGAGGACGGCAAACAACACAUUUUACGCUUAAAUACUUCUUAUCUCACUCUAAAUUUGAAUUCCAAGUACUUUUUAUAUAUAUAUAUAUAUAUAUAAUUUGAUUGUGUAAUCCACAAUCCAUACAAUGCUUUUCUUACUUUACUAUUUCUGUCUUGUUUCCAGUCCAAAUAUUUAAAAAUUCUUAAAUCAAGAUGGAUUUACUAGAUGAGUAAAAUGACAAGAUAUUGAGUCUUGUCUUCUGGGAAAUAUAUAAAAAUUAAGUGAGUUUUUGCUUAAAACAAGCAAAAUGGGAUAAGAAUAAUCUUAACAAUAUUAUUUUUCUUGCCCCAUUGGCAGAUCAUUUUGCUUGUUAGCAAAAAAUCAUUUAAUUUUUAUUUAUUUCCCCAGAAAACAAUAUGUCAUUUUACUCAUCUAGUAAAUGCAUCUUGAUUUAAGAAAUGUUUGAUAUUUGGACUGGAAACAAGACAUGAGAAAAGCAUGUUUCUCUUUAUAACCCAACACAAACAUAUAGAUCUAUAUAUAAAUAUAGAAUUAGUCUUUGUGUUGAUGUUACAUGUUGAGCUUGAUUGCAAAAGUCUUGUCUAAUAAUAAGUCAACAGUUUUUAUUUUUUAUGUGUAUUUUAACAUUUCAAUUUAAUCUCGGACAGGACGAUUUUCCUGUUAAAUUCUACUGAUUAAUUAGACAUGACUAUUAUUUUAAAAAACAUAAUAGCUGAUAAUGAAAUUAUGUGAUAUGAAUGAUACAUUUUAUGUCAACUGAAGCUUAAUAAAAUAAAAGAAUGCAUGUCAUUAAAAUAUUAA